AGCCAUACAAGUUCAAAAGCCUGCAAGAGAAUUCUACAUUUAUUUAAUUAUGUAUAUAUUCCUCUUACUUUCUCAGGCUAAAUUUUAGUCGUAGAUGACAAUUCAACAAGAUUUUUUUUUUCUCUUUUUGCUUUCUCUCCAAGCCACUAUCUUACUUGUUUUGUAGGAAUUUGAUGUGAUUCUUCGGAAUAUUUGCUAAUUUUUUGUUUGGAGGGAUUAUUUGAACUCCAAUUGGAAUCAUAAUGGAGGAAAAACCAUUCCCUGCUUGGUCUUGGUCAGUAGAGCAGUGUUUGAAAGAGUACAAUGUGAAAAUGGAUAAGGGACUGAGUUCUUAUGAUGUUGAAAAGCAGCGUCAGAGAUACGGAUGGAAUGAGCUUGCCAAGGAGAAGGGGAAGCCUCUGUGGCAGCUAGUUUUAGAUCAAUUUGAUGAUACGCUUGUGAAGAUACUUUUGGUUGCAGCUUUUAUAUCCUUCAUUUUAGCUUAUUUACAUGGUAGUGAAUCUGGGGAGUCUGGAUUUGAGGCCUAUGUUGAACCAUUUGUGAUAGUGCUGAUUUUAGUUCUUAAUGCCAUUGUUGGGGUGUGGCAAGAGAGCAAUGCUGAGAAGGCUCUUGAAGCCCUCAAAGAGAUGCAAUGUGAAUCUGGGAAGGUUUUGCGAGAUGGGUAUCUUGUGCCAGACUUGCCUGCAAAAGAACUUGUUCCAGGGGAUAUAGUGGAACUGAGGGUUGGGGACAAAGUGCCUGCUGACAUGAGAAUUGCAGCUUUGAAAACCUCAACUUUGAGAGUUGAGCAGAGCUCAUUGACUGGGGAGGCAAUGCCCAUUCUGAAAGGUACUAGUCCUGUAUUCCUUGAUGACUGUGAGUUGCAGGCUAAAGAAAAUAUGGUUUUUGCUGGCACGACAGUUGUGAAUGGGAGUUGUGUUUGUAUUGUUAUUAGCACGGGUAUGAACACUGAGAUUGGGAAGAUACAGAAGCAAAUACAUGAGGCAUCUUUGGAAGAGAGUGAAACCCCUUUGAAGAAGAAGCUAGAUGAAUUUGGCAGCAGACUUACUACUGCAAUUGGGUUUAUUUGCCUUGUUGUUUGGAUCAUAAAUUACAAGAAUUUUCUUUCAUGGGAUGUUGUGGAUGGAUGGCCUGCAAACAUCCGAUUUUCUUUUGAGAAGUGCACCUAUUAUUUCAAAAUUGCUGUUGCCCUGGCUGUAGCUGCAAUUCCAGAAGGCCUUCCUGCUGUAAUUACGACUUGCUUAGCUCUGGGUACCAGGAAAAUGGCACAAAAGAAUGCUAUUGUGCGAAAACUUCCCAGUGUGGAAACCUUGGGAUGUACAACUGUGAUUUGUUCAGAUAAAACUGGGACACUGACCACAAAUCAGAUGUCUGUGUCAGAAUUCUUCACUUUGGGUGGAAAAACUACUUCUUCCAGGAUUUUCCACGUUGAAGGAACAACUUAUGAUCCCAAGGAUGGUGGAAUUGUUGAUUGGACAUGUUACAAUAUGGAUGCUAACUUGCAAGCCAUGGCAGAAAUAUGUGCUGUUUGUAACGAUGCUGGGAUCCAUUGCGAUGGCCGUCUCUUUCGAGCUACUGGUUUACCCACUGAAGCAGCUUUAAAGGUUUUAGUUGAAAAGAUGGGAGUUCCAGAUGUUAAGGUAAGAAACAAGAUCCGUGACAUACAGCUUGCUGCGAACUAUUUGAUUGACCACAGCACGGUUAAAUUAGGCUGCUGUGAAUGGUGGACAAAAAGAUCAAAAAGGAUAGCUACAUUGGAGUUUGAUCGCAUCCGAAAAUCAAUGAGCGUUAUUGUCCGGGAGUCUACUGGGCAUAAUCGACUACUUGUCAAGGGUGCUGUGGAGAGUUUACUCGAGCGCAGUUCACAUGUGCAACUUGCAGAUGGAUCUCUUAUUCCUAUAGAUGAACCUUGUAGGCAACUCUUGCUUACAAGAAACUUGGAGAUGAGUUCAAAGGGAUUGCGAUGCUUAGGGUUGGCAUAUAAGGAUGAGCUGGGAGAGUUUUCAGACUAUUAUGCCGAGAAUCAUCCCGCCCACAAGAAGUUGCUUGAUCCAGCAUGCUACUCCGCUAUUGAAAGUGACUUAGUUUUUGUUGGGGUUGUUGGUCUAAGGGACCCUCCUCGUGAUGAAGUUGACAAAGCAAUUGAGGACUGUAGAGCAGCUGGGAUAAAAGUUAUGGUGAUAACUGGGGAUAAUAAAUCCACAGCUGAGGCUAUCUGUCAGGAAAUUAAAUUAUUUUCUGGAGGUGAGGAUCUUAGAGGAAGAAGUUUUACAGGUAAAGAGUUCAUGGCUCUUUCACCCACACAACAAGUUGAAAUUUUGUCAAAACCCGGAGGGAAGGUUUUCUCUCGUGCUGAGCCUAGGCACAAGCAAGAAAUUGUGAGGAUGCUAAAGGAGAUGGGGGAAGUUGUUGCAAUGACUGGAGAUGGUGUGAAUGAUGCACCUGCACUCAAAUUGGCAGACAUUGGAAUUGCUAUGGGCAUCACAGGAACUGAGGUUGCAAAAGAAGCUUCAGAUAUGGUUUUGGCAGAUGAUAAUUUUAGCACCAUUGUUUCAGCUAUCGCUGAGGGUCGCUCAAUUUAUAAUAACAUGAAAGCUUUUAUCAGGUAUAUGAUAUCAUCCAAUGUUGGAGAAGUGAUAUCCAUAUUCUUGACUGCUGCUUUGGGGAUUCCAGAAUGUAUGAUACCUGUGCAGCUUCUGUGGGUAAAUUUGGUUACUGAUGGUCCUCCUGCAACUGCUCUUGGUUUUAACCCUCCUGAUGUUGAUAUAAUGCGGAAACCACCCCGCAGAAGUGAUGAUGCUCUAAUAAAUUCAUGGGUUCUAUUGCGCUACUUGGUAAUUGGUAGUUAUGUGGGAAUAGCAACCGUUGGUGUAUUCAUCUUGUGGUAUACUCAGGGUUCAUUAAUGGGUAUCAGUCUUGUUGACGAUGGACAUACACUUGUUUCAUUAUUUCAGCUCCGGAAUUGGGGGGAGUGCUCUACAUGGUCCAAUUUCACUGUGUCUCCCUACAUGGUUGGUGGGGGACGGGUGAUUACUUUCUCUAACCCUUGUGAUUAUUUUACCGUUGGUAAAGUUAAGGCAAUGACUCUGUCACUUUCUGUAUUGGUGGCAAUUGAGAUGUUCAAUUCCCUGAAUGCCGUCUCUGAAGAUAACAGCUUGGUGACGAUGCCACCUUGGAGGAAUCCAUGGCUUUUAUUUGCCAUGUCAUUCUCAUUUGGACUCCAUUGCCUCAUACUCUAUGUUCCCCUCCUUGCAGACGUCUUUGGUAUUGUUCCAUUAAGUCUGAAUGAAUGGUUUCUGGUCAUUUUAGUCUCGGCACCUGUCAUUCUUAUAGACGAGCUUCUUAAGUUUGUGGGAAGGAGUAGAAGACGUGGGGCAAAGAAAGAGAAGACAUCAUGAUUGGGAAUAGUCUGUGAACGGCUUGGGAGAAUUUUCAGAAUUGACACUGACAGAUCAGAAGAUAUAUCUUUCAGCGUUUUGUUAAUUUAAAUUCUUUGAUAAAUUAUUUAUUUAUAUUUUCAUGUAAAGCAUAUGUUUUUAUUUUGAAGAACAAAGAUACCAUUGACCUUUGUUUACUAGAUCCGUAGAAGAAAUGGUUAGUUAAAGUGUUCGACAGACAUCACUGCUCAAUUCAGCAGAUUAAUGUGGAUUUACCAUAUUCAGUUCCUUUUCCAGAAUUACUAUAUAACAUUCAAGUUUGG